AAAUUAGCUGCUCUUUUUAAGAAAACAUCAAACUUAACUAAUCGCCACACCAUUGACUCAACACUACUUGCUUUCUGCUCGCUCAUAUUUUCUCGCCAUGGAUCCGUACAAGAAUCGCCCUUCAAGCGCGUUUAAUUCACCUUUCAUGACAACAAAUUCUGGUGCUCCUGUGUGGAACAAUAACUCAUCAUUGACUGUUGGGACUAGAGGGCCAGUUCUUCUUGAGGACUAUCAUUUGGUGGAGAAACUUGCCAAUUUUGAUCGUGAACGUAUCCCGGAGCGUGUUGUCCAUGCCAGAGGUGCCAGUGCCAAGGGUUUCUUUGAAGUCACUCAUGAUGUUUCUCAUCUAACAUGUGCUGAUUUUCUUCGAUCUCCUGGGGUUCAGACACCUGUUAUUGUGCGAUUCUCUACCGUUACCAAUGAGCGCGGAAGCCCUGAAACCCUUCGAGACCCCAGAGGGUUUGCGGUAAAAUUUUACACCAGAGAGGGCAACUUUGAUCUGGUAGGAAACAACUUUCCUGUCUUCUUUAUCCGUGAUGGAAUGAAGUUCCCAGACAUGGUCCAUUGUCUGAAAUCAAAUCCUAAGUCCAACAUUCAGGAGAGCUGGAGGAGCCUUGACUUCUUCUCCCAUCAUCCAGAGAGUUUGCACAUGUUUACCUUCCUCUUUGAUGAUUUGGGUGUCCCACAAGAUUACAGGCACAUGGAAGGUUCCGGUGUCAACACUUAUACUUUAAUCAGUAAAGCUGGGAAGGCACAUUAUGUGAAGUUCCAUUGGAAGCCAACUUGCGAGGUCAAGUGCCUUUUGGAGGAAGAAGCUAUUAAGGUUGGGGGAGCCAAUCAUAGCCAUGCCACCAAGGAUCUAUAUGACGCAAUUGCUGCUGGCAACUAUCCUGAAUGGAAGCUUUUCAUCCAAACUAUUGAUCCUGAUCAUGAAGAUAGAUUUGACUUUGACCCCCUUGAUGUAACCAAGACCUGGCCUGAGGACAUCUUGCCACUGCAACCAGUUGGUCGCUUGGUGUUGAAUAAGAACAUCGACAACUUCUUUGCUGAGAAUGAGCAGCUUGCAUUUUGCCCUGCCAUUAUUGUCCCUGGUAUUCACUAUUCGGAUGAUAAGCUUCUCCAGACUCGGAUAUUCUCAUAUUCUGAUACUCAGAGACACCGUCUUGGGCCAAACUAUCUGCAGCUCCCCGUUAAUGCUCCCAAGUGUGCUCAUCACAAUAAUCACCAUGAAGGUGUCAUGAACUUCAUGUAUCGUGAUGAAGAGGUCAAUUAUUUCCCCUCGAGGUUUGAUCCUUGUCGUCAUGCAGAGCAGUACCCAAUUCCUCCUCGCAUCUUGACAGGGAAGCGUGACAGGUGCAUCAUUGAGAAAGAGAACAACUUCAAGCAGCCAGGAGAGAGAUACAGAUCCUGGUCGCCUGACAGGCAAGAGAGAUUUAUCUGCAGAUGGAUUAAUGCUUUAUCUGAUCCACGAGUCACUCAUGAGAUACGCAUUAUUUGGAUUUCAUAUUGGUCACAGGCUGACAAGUCUCUUGGUGAGAAGAUAGCUUCUCGUCUUAAUGUAAGGCCCACAAUGUGAAGGUGACAACAGUAGGAAAAUGUUUGAAGUUGCUGUGCUGAAGGAGUACCAGUCCAAGAAAACAUCCUUUUCUUUUGGUACGAAGUAUAGGUCUGAUGAUUGUGUUGUAAUUUGUACCAAUGGUUGUGUUGUAAUUUGUACCAAACAAACUUCAACAUGUCACAUUAACUGUGACAACGUUGCCGGAAUAAAUUGCAGUUGUAUGUUCUCAAACAUCAGUCAAUCAUUUUCAUUUUAUCCUUCCAUGUUCA